AUGCACACGGACACGGACACAGAUAUGGACACGGAUACGGACACAGCAGCCCUCUGCCCUUCGGGCGCUGGGGCUUCCUCCCCAGUGAUAGCAGCACCAGGUGAGAGGGAUGCCACAGUGCCAAACAAGCGAGACAAGCUACUAGCUGGGCUGGAACGGGCUGGGCUAUCCCCAGCUGUGGGAGCUCCUCGACGAAGAGGCAGUAUGCCAGUGCCCUACAAACACCAACUGAGACGGGCCCAAGCAGUGGAUGAGUUGGACUGGCCACCCCAAGCCUUAUCCUCUGACUCCUCUGACUCUCUGGGUUCAGGGGAAGCAGCACCAACUGGGAGAGGUGGUGUCUUCAAGGUGAUGCUUCUGGGUGAGAGCGGUGUGGGCAAAAGUGCCCUGGCAGGCACUUUUGGAGGACUUCAAGAUGAUAAUGCCCAUGAGCCUGAGAACACAGAGGACACCUAUGAAAGACACAUCAUAGUGGAUAAAGAAGAGGUGACAUUGGUGGUGUAUGACAUCUGGGAACAGGGAGAAGCAGGUAGCUGGCUCAGGGAACACUGCCUUCAAACUGGGGAUGCCUUCCUCAUUGUCUUCUCUGUCACGGACCGAAGAAGCUUCUCCAAAGUGCCUGAGACAUUGCUUCGGCUUCGGGCUGGGCGUCCCCACCACGAUCUACCCAUCAUCUUAGUGGGCAACAAGAGUGACCUUGCUCGUUCCAGGGAAGUCUCACUAGAAGAAGGCCGCCAUCUGGCGGGGAUGCUGAGCUGCAAGCACAUAGAGACGUCGGCUGCGCUGCACCACAACACGCGGGAGCUGUUCGAGGGAGCCGUACGCCAGAUCCGCCUGCGCAGGAGCCGGGCCCGGGCGGCUGCAGCCGCAACCGAGGGCAACCCAGAAGGCCCCGACGGCGCUGCGCAGCUGCAGCCACAACCCCCGCCACCACCCGCGCGCCGCGAGAGCCUCACCAAGAAGGCCAAACGCUUCCUGGCCAACCUGGUGCCCCGCCACGCCAAGUUCUUCAAGCAGCGCUCCAAGUCGUGCCACGACCUCUCAGUGCUCUAA